AUGCACAUGUGCGGUCAUUUUUUCGUCAUAACCGACGAGUCGACGAAGAUCGGCUCUUUCAACCUGCCCAACCGGACCGUAGUCAUCGUGAUGACCGUUCUGCAGUCGGCAGUGCUGAUGGUGUCCCUCGCUCAGCACGUGUACUCGUUGUUGCACGUAAAUUCGAUUUUCGACUGUCACUUCAACGCCUCCUUGUCCCCACCCUCGAACGACCUGUUCAUGACCGUCGACGUGGUGGUGUACGACUACGGAUUUUUUCACCUCCUACUCGGAACCGAGAAGUGCGUAGCGAACUACCUGGACGGCGGCUACAUGAGGUUCACAUGGUGCCUAAUGCACGCUAUCUCUCAACUGCUCGUGUUCAGGGUCGCCUGCGGUAACGCUGUUCUACCACUGCUCAUGCAGCCGGCCGUCUUUAUGCAAAGCAUCUACUCGUUGGGCCUCAUCAUUUUGGCCCUCGCUACCAUUCCCCAGCUGCUCUCGGCCUUCAUCGAUGCGUUCACCGCCAACCUCGUCUACCUCACCGCCAUCUACUACAGCGGAACCGCCGCCAACUGGUUUUUCACAUUUGUACUAUGGCAUUACUUCUGGAAUAUAAAGAAAACAAAAAAGCUACUCCGAGGCAGUCCAGUGUAGUC